AUGGUCUUCUGCUGCUUCGGGGGAGGGCCGUCUACACGUGAAAGCAAAGACACGAAAAGCAAUGUCCUGAAGCCGGUGGUAAUGAGGGCGGUGGGGGCGGACGGCGCGCUGCCGCGGUACUCGCAGGAGGAGCUGCGGCGGGCGACGGGCGACUGGCGCACCAAGCUGGGGGAAGGCGGCUUCGGCGCCGUCUACAAGGGCAUGCUGCUUCUUGGGGGGAGAGAAGGGGACGGGGGAGGGGAUGAAGAGGACGGGGAGGAUGAGGAGGAUGAGGAGGAAGGGGAGGAGGGGGUUGAGGAGGGAUUGGAUGAGUCGGAAGUGGUGGAGGUGGAUGGAAAGCGGUUUCUUCCGGUGGCGGUGAAGACGUGUCAUAUUGAGGAGGAUCAAGACUCUGGGGGAAGGGAGCAGCUGAUGACGGAGAUCAUGGUGAUGACGGCUCUCCGCCAUCCCAACGUGCUGCGGCUGCUCGGAAUGGCCAUGUGGGGGCAAACCAUUUCAAUGGUCUCUGAGUUCGUCCCGGGUGGGGAUGUUUCGCAGCGGUUAGAGAAAGCGAGGAACGGUGAAAAGCCCUUCCCUUGGAAGGAGCGACUGGCUGUAGCAGAGGGGAGUCUUGAAGGGCUGGCAGCAAUUCACCAGGCGGGGUUUAUUCAUCGCGACUUCAAGAGCGCAAAUGUGCUUUUAACCAAGACGCUCAUUCCCAAGGUGGCGGAUUUCGGAUUGGCCAAGGCAUGCCAGGACAAGACACAUGUCACGACGCGAGUGGCUGGGUCGUGGGGCUAUAUGGACCCAUCGUACUUUGAGAGAGGAUACCUAUCAGCACACUGCGACACGUUCGCGUUCGGAAUCUUCCUACUAGAGCUCGUGACCGGCUACCCCGCGUUAGACGAGUCCUUUCAAGAGCCGAGGGAGAAGCUCACCGAUCCCGACUUCACGGAUUACAGCGAGGUUGUUGAUAAAAGCUUGGAGGGGCAGUGGACGGAGGAGCAAGCGAGAUUUCUGGUGGGGGUGGUGCGCAGGGCCAUUCUGACUGAGUGGGAGGACCGACUCACCUUGGAGCAAAUACUGGACGCAUGGAAGACUCAUAUAGUACUUGAGGGGUAG